CUAUCGCGGCCGCCGCCGCCUCUUCUCCUCGCGGCUGGGAGCGGAACCGACGGCCGCCUCCCCGCCCCUCCCCCUCCUACUAUUAUCCUCCCGCACGGUGCGCGCUCCCGUAGCCACCCUCCCCCCCCCUCCAUCUCCUCCCCGGUGCCUCGGGAGCGCGCCCGCUCGGCGAGGGAGGGAUCGAGCCGGCGCUGCCGCCCGCCACCGCCGCCUAUCCCCUCCAUGGAGCUCGCGCCGCCCCGCUGAGCCACAGCCGCCCGCCCGCCGCUGCCGCCGGGGAGUAACCGGGGGAGGGAGGAGGGUGGGGGGAGGAAGAGGAGGAAGGUGGGGUCGCGGGGUGCGUGACACGCGCGGCGGCCCGAGGAGCUGAGAGCCCCUGCGGCCGAAGGUUGCGGCUGUUGGCGCUGAGCGGCGGGGGAGCGCGCCGCGCGGCGGGGAGCGUGUGCCCGCGGCCCCCCCCGCUUCCUUCUCCUCCUCCUCCUCCUCCUCCUCCUCCUCCCCCCGCACCCGGGGCCGCCGCCUGACGGGCGGACCAUGGCCGACGACGACGUGCUGUUCGAGGACGUGUACGAGCUGUGCGAGGUGAUCGGCAAGGGUCCAUUCAGUGUUGUGCGGCGAUGCAUCAACAGGGAAACAGGGCAACAGUUUGCUGUAAAGAUUGUCGAUGUAGCAAAAUUCACUUCAAGUCCUGGGUUAAGCACAGAAGAUCUGAAGAGAGAAGCCAGUAUUUGUCACAUGCUGAAGCAUCCUCAUAUUGUUGAACUGUUGGAGACAUACAGCUCAGAUGGAAUGCUUUAUAUGGUUUUCGAAUUUAUGGAUGGAGCAGAUCUGUGCUUUGAAAUUGUGAAGAGAGCAGAUGCUGGAUUCGUGUACAGCGAGGCUGUAGCCAGUCAUUACAUGAGACAGAUAUUGGAAGCUCUACGUUACUGUCAUGAUAAUAAUAUAAUUCACAGGGAUGUGAAGCCACACUGUGUACUGCUUGCCUCAAAAGAGAAUUCAGCCCCGGUAAAGCUUGGUGGCUUCGGGGUAGCAAUUCAAUUAGGAGAAUCUGGGCUAGUUGCUGGAGGGCGUGUAGGAACACCUCAUUUUAUGGCCCCAGAAGUGGUGAAAAGGGAACCUUAUGGGAAGCCUGUAGAUGUUUGGGGUUGUGGUGUCAUCCUUUUUAUCCUGCUAAGCGGUUGUUUGCCUUUUUAUGGAACCAAGGAAAGAUUGUUUGAAGGCAUUAUUAAAGGAAAAUACAAGAUGAAUCCUCGGCAGUGGAGCCAUAUUUCUGAAAGUGCCAAAGAUCUGGUACGCCGCAUGCUUAUGCUGGAUCCAGCAGAAAGGAUAACAGUAUAUGAAGCACUGAAUCAUCCCUGGUUGAAGGAGAGAGAUCGCUAUGCAUACAAGAUUCAUCUUCCAGAGACAGUAGAACAAUUGAGAAAAUUCAACGCAAGACGAAAACUAAAGGGGGCAGUACUAGCAGCUGUGUCAAGCCACAAAUUCAACUCCUUCUAUGGUGACCCCCCUGAAGAGUUGCCAGACUUCUCUGAAGAUCCUACCUCCUCAGGACUUCUAGCAGCAGAAAGAGCAGUCUCACAGGUGCUGGACAGCCUGGAGGAAAUUCAUGCACUUACAGAUUGCAGUGAAAAAGACUUAGAUUUUCUUCACAGUGUUUUCCAGGAUCAACAUCUUCACACGCUACUAGAUCUUUAUGACAAAAUAAACACAAAAUCUUCACCACAGAUCAGGAAUCCUCCAAGUGAUGCUGUACAGAGAGCCAAAGAGGUAUUGGAAGAAAUUUCAUGUUACCCAGAAAACAAUGAUGCAAAGGAGCUAAAGCGUAUUUUAACACAACCUCAUUUCAUGGCCUUACUUCAAACUCAUGAUGUAGUGGCACAUGAAGUUUACAGUGAUGAAGCGCUGAGAGUUACACCUCCUCCCACCUCUCCAUACUUAAACGGAGAUUCUCCAGAAAGCGCCAACGGCGACAUGGAUAUGGAGAAUGUAACGCGAGUUCGACUGGUGCAGUUCCAGAAGAACACAGAUGAACCAAUGGGAAUCACUUUAAAAAUGAAUGAGCUGAACCAUUGUAUUGUGGCAAGAAUUAUGCACGGAGGAAUGAUUCACCGGCAAGGUACAUUACAUGUAGGGGAUGAAAUCCGAGAAAUAAACGGCAUCAGUGUGGCAAAUCAAACAGUAGAACAACUGCAAAAAAUGCUUAGGGAAAUGCGUGGAAGUAUCACCUUUAAGAUAGUGCCAAGUUAUCGCACGCAAUCUUCAUCCUGUGAGAGAGAUUCCCCCUCUACAUCCAGACAGUCCCCAGCUAAUGGCCAUAGCAGCACUAACAAUUCUGUUUCGGACUUGCCGUCGACAACACAACCAAAAGGACGACAGAUAUAUGUAAGAGCACAAUUUGAAUAUGAUCCAGCAAAGGAUGACCUCAUUCCAUGCAAAGAAGCUGGCAUCAGAUUUCGAGUUGGUGAUAUUAUCCAAAUCAUUAGCAAAGACGAUCACAACUGGUGGCAGGGUAAACUGGAGAACUCCAAAAACGGUACUGCAGGUCUUAUUCCUUCUCCUGAACUUCAAGAAUGGCGGGUUGCUUGCAUUGCCAUGGAGAAGACCAAACAGGAACAACAGGCCAGCUGUACUUGGUUUGGGAAGAAAAAAAAGCAGUACAAAGAUAAAUAUUUGGCAAAGCACAAUGCAGUGUUUGAUCAAUUAGAUCUCGUCACAUAUGAAGAAGUAGUAAAACUGCCAGCAUUCAAAAGGAAAACGCUAGUCUUACUAGGUGCACAUGGCGUUGGAAGACGACACAUAAAAAACACACUCAUCACAAAACAUCCGGACAGAUUUGCGUACCCCAUUCCUCACACAACCCGACCUCCAAAGAAAGAUGAAGAAAAUGGAAAAAAUUACUACUUCGUAUCGCAUGACCAAAUGAUGCAGGAUAUAUCAAACAAUGAAUAUUUGGAAUAUGGCAGCCAUGAGGAUGCAAUGUAUGGGACAAAACUGGAAACAAUACGGAAGAUCCAUGAGCAGGGACUAAUUGCAAUACUUGAUGUAGAACCUCAGGCAUUGAAGGUCCUGAGAACUGCAGAGUUUGCUCCUUUUGUUGUUUUUAUUGCUGCACCUACGAUUACCCCAGGCAUUAAUGAGGAUGAAUCUCUUCAGCGCCUGCAAAAGGAGUCUGAAAUCUUACAGAGAACAUAUGCACACUACUUUGACCUAACAAUUAUCAACAAUGAAAUCGAUGAAACAAUCAGGCACCUGGAGGAAGCCAUUGAGCUCGUUUGUACAGCGUCGCAGUGGGUGCCAGUCUCCUGGGUCUAUUAGGCCGCUCGCGAGAUCAUUGAAAAAGCCUGGCGUUACUGGGAACCACCUCAUACAUGGGAAACCUCUUCGUUAUUGACCUUGUGUCAGCAGGUCUUGGCCCCUAGAGACUACCUAGAUGUAGUGUGACCUAAAUUUAUAAUUAUUGUCAUGUCCUAAUAGAUAAGAGGAGGGGGAAAAAAAAAUUAAACACUAAUUUAAAGAGACAGUAUCUUUUUUUUUUUUUUUUUAAUCAUUUCUCCUAAAAUUUAAUAAAGUGUAUCUUUAAAUGUAUGUAUUAUUCAGUCCUUUGGAAUGUUAUAUUUUUGGAAAUAAUAGCUUUUUAUUUCAAGGGCCCCUAAAAACUGCACAAAAUAGAUGCUGCUUUCUAUAAUCUAUUUUAAUAGUAAUAAUAAUAUGAUUCUGUUACCUUAACUUGGGGGUGGAACACUACAUUCUUUUUAGAGUCUGAUUUUAUGGAUCGGAAUACUUUCCUUUAUUUAUUUGAAAUAAUCAGUCUAGCGGUUACCAAACAAAUUCAUCAAUCUUAAAGGCCUUUCUUCGCUCUUUUUUUGUUGUUGUUGUUGUUUGUUUGUUUGUUUUUUAGGGUAGCGUUUUUAAAUACUUUUGUGUAACAUCCAGAUAAUGUGAUACUGUCUCUUUGAAGAACUCUGUAAAACUUCUUUUAGAAAUCUGAAAUUGGGUCUUGACUCUUAAUGCAUGUGGACAGUCGCAAGCGUUCAUGCCGUUGGUGUAUCUGUGUUGAAAAAAAAACUGUAAUCUACAGCAAAGUACAUUCCGUUCAUGGGAAAACGUACCCAAGGGAAUAAAGUGAAAUAUUAUUCUGACUUAAGUUGUAAACCUAUGCACAUCCCUUGCAUUUUGGGCAACUUUAUACAAAAAAAAAAGGAAAAAAAAAAAAGAAAAACCGAUUUUUAUUAAUAAUAAUCAUGUAGUGAAAUGUGUUUGUAAUUUUGUCUCAAUUUAAUUUGUUGUAAGGUGGGAGGGGGCAAUUACUGGUUUCACCAUUUCAGAUCUGUGUCGUCUGAGAGUAUUAACGUUUUAAUUAAGUUUAAGCAAAGAAAUGCUGAUUUUUAAUAUGUAUGUAAUUGUUUAAAAAUGCACACAUUUUAAAAGAAAAUACUGUGCAAUGAAGAAACCAGUUUAGGCAUUGCGAUAAACUUGACUAUUCCAAAAGACUCAUCGAAAACAGCCCUGUAAAUUCCUUCAAAAUGGUAAUUGACGCUACAGUCUGACCAAGUUUUUUUAUUUUAAAUAUACUUCCUUUUAUGUGUUCAACAA